AUUAACUGAUUUACCAUGGCAACUAGAGCCGCGUACUUUUCCCCGUCGGAAGCACAAAUCCUCAUGGAGGCAUACGAGGAGGUAAAAGAUAUCAUUAAGAAGAAAGGCAACACCGCCACAGUGAUAAAGCAAAGAGAAAAAGCGUGGCAAAGUAUUGCAGACCGCCUGAAUGCAUUAAACAUGAACGGGCCAAAACGGACAUGGCAGCAGGUCAAAAUCAAAUACAAGAACAUUCUGCAGAAUGCAGUGAAAAAGAAUACCCACAGACGAGGCACGGGUGGUGGGUCACCAAAGGCUGACCUUACCCCAGCAGAGGACAUGGCCUUGGAGCUAAAUAAAGGCAGGCCCGUCUUAGAGGGGAUCCCUGGGGGGAAAGAGACGAGCAUAGGUUCCUCCCAAGAUGCCACCCGCUUCAUUCAAGUGUCUGGCAGCACUGUGUUCCUGUUAGAGCCACCAGCACAAGCACCAGACGAUGCUGAUCCAGGUGAAGGCCCCAGUGCAGCAGCAACAGCACAUGAUGGAGACGAUGAUGAUGAUGAGGAGGAGACCAUCUCUCUGGAUUCCAGAAGGCAUGAGGUAUCAUGGACCCAGAUGCUAUACAGUGGGAAAACCAGCUUGGCAACAUAGUGCGUAUUAAUAAAAGGACACCACAUCCUGCCAAAUUCCAGCUGCGCUAAUUGUAUUGUGUUCACAGAGCUCACAAGCUAUCAGAAAGUUGUAUGGCAACCACCUCCGGCGCCAAAUAGAACUGGCAGACAUAGACAUUCAGUACAAGAAGAAAAAGAUGGAAAAUCUUGCACUGGAGUCCGAAAUAAAAAAGAGGACAAUUAGGAAACUGGACCUUGAAAUAAAAAAACUUGAAAGGGAGGUGAGAUAUGCCUUCAAUGUACACUGUAUGCUAACUGUAACACAAAUGUAUUAAUCAUUAUUUGUAUUUCCUCCCCCAGCUCCAAGAAGAUGACACAGCUCAAAAUAAAAAUUAGCAAUCAGUACAACCAAGUCAUCGUUAUAAGGCAUCGCCCUCUUUUGCCCACCCCCCCAGCACCAGGUGUGGCCACUAGCCUAUAUGAAGGCCCAAAAUUGUGUGUUCCUUUCUGCUCUGACAAUGGCAUGCCCAUUCGUGCGAGAUGUGG